AUGUGCAAGGACCAUAAGGAUCUAAUUAUGCACCAACGUUCGUGCAAAAUGUACAAAUCGCUUCGACUACCACAAAACUCAACGGAUAACAACAUGGAUAGCACACUAGCAUCGACAAAAGAAUUAACUUCAACCCCAAACCACGACCCAUCUUCGUCAUCGUCGUCAGCGCAAACGGUUGUAGCAACGAAAUCAGCUAUCCCUGGCGUCAAAUUACCGAGAACGCCAGCCAAAUGGCCCGAAGCCAACGCCUUCUUCCAGCUACAACGCAAGCUUCUACCAAGUCUCAACAACAUCGACGAAUUCACAAUCACAUUUCAUAAAAUGAUAUACGACUAUUUUGUUCAAAAUUAUGGCUCAUACUGA